UUCCUGAGAGACGUGUCGUUACACGGGGGCACCCUUAAUACCUCGUUUCCUAAUAAGAAUGAGGGGGAGAGCUGUGCAGCAUCCAUUUUGUCGGAGCAGAUAGAUGAAGGUCUCCAGAAAAAAAUACUUGAUAUAGUUGCUUUCACUAAACCAGGAGCGAAAUUUCGCCUGAAGUAUAUAAAAUAAACCGCGGUGAUGUUGAAUACUGUCGGAUCUGGACGGUGGGCUGCCGGCUCCCCGUUUGCUUCUUGUUUCCUGUUUGGUUUUUGGGUUUAGACCUCCUCUUCCUCCGUCUUCUGCCAUCAAAAAAGGGGGAGUCGGGGAAACAAUGAAUUGACGGGAGUUUGUCUUCACGACACUCGCUGAUCCGCUUUGCUGAAGCUAACGCUAACUCUAGGCCGACGUAGCGUGCAAUUUUAAAGAAAGGAGGGGGCAAAGAAAAAGUUUUGACAAGCAGAUGAGAUCUGCUCUUGAUUAAGAAUAAUCCUCCUUCUCCCCAAAGACGCCAUAGUUCCUUCUCGCCCCCCAGGAUUUUCUAUCAUGGCAAAAGAUGUUGGUGUGAUUGAAACCAAUGGAGAGCUGAAGGUUUUCGUCGACCAGAAUUUGAGUCCCAGCAAAGGGGUCCUGUCACUGGUCACUGUCCACCCGUCGCCUGUCACUCUGGGGAAGCAGCUUCUGCCAAAAACGCUUGGGCCCUCCAACGUCAACAUCGCGCCGCAUGUGGUGAUAGGCACCCCCCAGAGGCCCAGUGUGUCCAGUGCUGUCCUGGUGGCCAGUCCACACACACCCAGUAGCCAGUUCCUCUCCCAGAGUCAGCCGUCCGACUCCUCGCCCUGGUCCACUGGGAAGCGCAGCAAGAAGGGCGAGAAGAAUGGCAAAGGGCUGAGACAUUUCUCCAUGAAGGUGUGCGAGAAGGUCCAGAGGAAGGGAAUCACCACCUACAAUGAGGUCGCUGACGAGCUAGUGGCAGAGUUCAGCUCCUCUGACAACAACAUCUCCCCCAAUGACUCUCAUGUAUAUGACCAGAAGAACAUCCGGCGUCGUGUCUACGAUGCCUUGAAUGUGCUGAUGGCCAUGAACAUCAUCUCCAAGGAGAAGAAGGAGAUCAAGUGGAUCGGCCUACCUACUAAUUCUGCCCAGGAGUGCCAGAACUUGGAGGUGGAGAGGCAGCGUCGACUCGAGAGAAUAAAGCAAAAACAAUCCCAGCUGCAGGAACUGAUUUUGCAGCAAAUUGCCUUUAAGAAGCUGGUUCAGAGGAAUAGGCAGCUGGAGCAGCAAACCAAGAGACCUCCGCCACCAAACUCUGUCAUUCAUCUGCCUUUCAUCAUCGUCAACACCAGCAAGAAGACAGUCAUCGACUGUAGCAUCUCCAAUGACAAAUUUGAAUAUCUCUUCAACUUCGAUAAUAUGUUUGAGAUCCACGAUGACAUAGAGGUGCUAAAGAGGAUGGGGAUGGCUUGCGGGCUGGAGGCAGGGAAGUGUUCCCCGGAGGACCUUAAGAUCGCUCGCAGUCUAGUGCCCAGAGCCUUGGAGCCUUAUGUUACAGAAAUGGCUCAGGGAUCGAUAAGCAACGUGUACGUAACAGGAGUGUCGUCUAAUGGUGGACGGGGUCUUGCUGGCAGUGAGAGUGUUGAUGGUACUAUGGCGUCCAGCUCCAACGGCUCCCACUACAGCGGCUCGCGGGUGGAGACCCCCGUUUCCUACAUGGAUGAGGAGGAUGAGGACGACGACUACGACGAGAACGACGACGACGAUUAAUCCUGCCCAUUUGUUUUCAUUCCCUAUGGCCAUCUUCAUUGAAGUUCUUCCUGUGUUCUUUUCUUUGUCCCUCCCCCCAUUUAUUUUUUUGAGAUGGGGAGUGAGGGUUAUUAGGGGUGUGUCCCAUCCUCAUUCCCGGUAGACUUUGUCCCCGUUCUGCUUCUACAGCUUGUUGUUUUUUUGGUUUUUUUUUUUUUAAAGACUGUUAGAAGCAACCUCAGCUGAUGGUUGCAGAAUACUAAACAAAUU